AUGGGCGACGCUGCGUGGGCGGCGCAAAAGAAGCGCACACUUGCGGUGCUAAGCACGGCGCCUCCGCCGCCCGCUGCGUGUGUGCCAUACCAUGGACAAGAGUGUAUAGGCCUUGAAGAUUCAUGGGUAUCGCUUUAUGCACUUCUACGCGGCACUAUUGUCGGUCAGGAAGGAAAUAGCUGCCUAUUGAUCGGUGAGCACGGAUGCGGUAAAAGCCUGCUUAUGCAGUCUACACUUCGCAGGAUUGGCGAAGAGUGUGUGCGUUACAGCGUGCUAAAGCCACUGGUUGUUUCUUUGCCUGGUCUGUUGUAUACCACCGAUCGCCAGUGCAUCGCCGAGCUUGCAAGGCAGCUCAUGCAGCAGGGCGCACUGGGCCGUACAGAAACGGAUGAGGCCGUGCAGCAGAUGGAAGAGAAGCAACAGGUGGAUGAGAUGCCUGAGGCACAAGAAGACGCCGGCGCAGGCUCGGACUCGGACGACGAUGCACGCGCACGGACUGAGACACACGCAAAAGCAAUGCAGCCCUCUGUGCAGCCAUCAGCAGUAGUGACAAAUGCGAUCCUCUUAACUAUGGCGACAGCAUUAUCACAUAUUCUUUCGCUUUUAUCGCGGACUGCGUUCGACGCGCCUGCUGCACGGCCACUUGUGAUUGUUUUAGACGAUUUUGAGCAGUAUACUGCACGUCCGCGACAAGCAUUGCUGUAUUGUUUGCUGGAUGCAGUACAAGCAGCAAGCUAUGGGCCUGGCCUUAUUGUCGUUGGGAUGACUACGCGAGUGGAUGCGGGCGAUGCAUUGGAGAAGCGUGUCAAGAGCCGCUUCUCGCAACGCACAUUUCACAUUCAUCCGCCAUCGCUUGAGACGUACACGCAGAUUGCGCGCGCCGCACUGCUUGGCGGGCUUCAUGUGCCGCCAUAUGCACCGUGGGCAACAGAAGUCGAGAUCAUUCCGGUCGCUGCGCUCACCGUGCCGACACUUGACGCUGCAACAUUUCUUCAUUGUGCGAAAACGCAGCGUGAGGAUGCACAGCGGGCGGCGAUGCAUGAUCUCACCGAGGCUGAAUUGGCUGUGCUGAUUGCCGCACGCCAUCUGCAGCUGCAGGGCAAAGAGCCGUUUACGUUUGAAAUGUGUUUUCGCGAGCUCGACCAGUUUGUGCAGCGCGUUCGACGCGACCUGCGCAGUGGACAGAGCGCGCACAUCCAUGGCAUUUCGCGCGGCACUGUCGCAAUUGCAGGGAUCGAUGCAUUGGCGAACCGCACGUCCAUGAUGGGGGUAUGUAUAUUGUAUCGCUACUUACGGAAGGCUUUCCAGCGGUUGCUUGCAUUGGAGAUGCUCGUGCCAGAACCUGCACGUUUGUCGCUCGCACUCGCGGCAGGCGUGGCAAGCCGCACGGGCGCUGCGACGUCGGCGUAUGGGACACUUGCGAAUGCAUCUGUGGUGCCAGAAUUUUUGCCUGUGCGUACAGCGAUGCCUGCACGAAUGAUUUUGGAGGGGGUGCAGGAUCAGGAGCGCCCUGAGCCGCCAAGUGCAAUUCUCCUGCAGUGGGCAGAAGGUACAGGGAUGUAA